UCUCUUCCUCUCGAUUGUGACUGCAAAGGUAUAUACUUGGUCCCUUCCCCAUUUUCCGCCCUCCUUGCCAGACGCAGUAUACCGUGCUGGCGGGCGCUCCCGACAAGACAAACCCAAACCUCUCCCGUCUACCGUCUUUCUUUGUCGACUUGCUCCUCGGAUAGGUAGGAAGCGGAAGCCACUGGACGUCUUUUCCAAUUGCGGCCCUGAAUCAAACGGCGCAGACCAACGACCGCUACCAAAAGGGGGGAAAAACCAACGCUACUUUUGCUCUCUCAUCUUACCUAAGGGUAGGCUAGUAGCUUCUCCGACACCAAUCGACUAAUUCUUGUUACGACCGAGACAAGACGACGCAUCAUCCCAUCCCACACACUCACACACACACACAUACAUACAUACCGACGCCUGCGAAAGGAGGAAAAAACCGAGGAUAGGAGAGCCACGCCAUCUUCCUGCCAUUUCCAAACCAUACCCGGGACCUGUCGAACCUUGAACUUGCGACGACACGCGAACCUGCCGCAAACGUGCAUUUGCACCUACCUGUACACCCAUCUGCCCAGCAACCCAAUUCCUGCUGAACUCCGACGGCACCGAACUUUUUUCCUCUCCCCUUCUUCGGCCGUUCUCUGGAUUGCAGUUUAUCCGUCCUCUCGUCGCCAACUCUCACACCAUCCUUUUUCGACACCCUGCAAUCAUGCAUGUUCAGCCUGCUUUCCAUCCGACCCAGCAUUGUUGAUACAACCAUUUGAAACACCCUGCCAGGCUUCCCAGGUUCUUGUGUGACAACCCGCCACAGCCACAUACCCGGGACCGACCUCUGCCUUCUUGUUCGCUUUCCUGUUGGCAUUACCAGUCACACGGGUGGAUCCCAGAUCCUCAUCGCCUAUACCGUCCCUAUUCUGAUAUCACCUUUGCAAUUCUUAAAAUAUACUUCACGCCCAGCCCUCUCCUACAUUACGAGGUGCUCCACGAUUUGACGAUUCGCGCCCUCCGAUUCGAACAAGCCGCCGACUACUUCACCCUUUCACGGCACGUUUGCCUCCCCCCGCUGCCGACUUCACCUGAUCGCGCAGUCUUGGACGCGGCGCUUUCCUAAUGUUCAGUCGGUCUCGGAAGGGUUCGAAAGGGUUCGGCUUUGGAUCUUCAAGCACCAAAGACAGUCAGGUUAACCACCUUCUCGAUCUUGGUCUUGUGAGCCCCAAGGCCAUUCAAGACCCCUACCGUCCUGGUACCGCUACAACGACAAGGACAAACAACACGUGGACGGAUGCGCCGUCCUUUCCAGAGAAGAACGUCUCAAUAGCUCGCGGCACAGGACAGCGCUCCAACGCAUCAGUUCGAUCCGGAGACAGCGCACAUCGAAGAGGCGACAGCUACUCAUCCAACAACAUGGCAUCAGGCGCCGGCCGCAACAGGAGGGAGCGCACCUUUGUAGGGAGCGAAUGCGCAGUAUGCGAGGAGCCAUUGGAGCACACUCUGCGCGGAGAGCGCAUUCUACAAUUCUCGUGCUCGCACGUAUCUCACGAAGCUUGCUUCUACGAGUUUAUUCGCGAAUUCGAAUCGCAAUAUUGCCCCUCGUGCGAUGCGCCUCUCCAUCUCGACACUAGCCGGGGCGGCAAUGUCUUGGAUAUUGAAAAAAUCAGCAACCUCGUUCGAUCUGUCUCAUCCACCGACACUAGGUCAAAUCACACCCCUACGCCCACGGCUACGCCAUGGGACAACCCAACGCCCACUCCGCGCCCCACCAGCAUCGAGUCAAACCAACGAAAUAUGGCCAGCACCCACACCCGCGAAAGCGCGCCCCGAAGCACUGGACGCGACAGGGAGAGCAGCCAGCCACCGGCUUCCGAGAGGUACGGCCCUUCAAGGCACGCUCGCAGCGACAGCGAGGCCACCGGCGUUGCGUCGUCUGGUGGUUACCCCGAAACAACCCAAAGCGGCCCGCCGCGCAGACACGAUUAUGACGUCCAGGCAAUGGAAACCACACCGGGCAGCCCCCGCGCGAUUACGAGGAAUCCGAUCCCGGCACCGACUGUGACAGUUCGAUCCGAGUUCCCCACCAUUAACAGGUCUCGGCAGCAGCAGACUUUGACCUGCCUUAUCACCGUAGAAGUACCCGACAACAAGUGGCGGCCCGAUCCCGAAGAUCUUGGGUCAGCCCCGCCAGGCCCGCCUGCAGUGAAUGCCCGCAUCGACGAGGCGUUUGCGCGACCGCCAUCCCCGGCCCGAAGUGCGCCUCGAUUCUAUCCCUACGAGUCUCGGGAAGUACUGGAGGAACAAACCGAAAAUCUGAGAAACCGUGUGGACAACUGGCAUGGGCUCGAUUUCAGCAGAUUCGGCAAGCUGCGGCUCUAUGGCACACUACGUGUCGGCAAGGACAAAGCAUCCUGGCAGGAACUGGAAUGCUUCCUGUUCGCUGAAAUGUUGAUUUGCGUAAAGGAGAAGAAGGUAGCCCUCGCAGGGCAGUGGGAUGAAAACGGCAUGCCCAAGAAGACCACCCGUUGCACACUCAAAGGUUCCAUUCUCAUCAAGAAACACCUCAACGAGGUCUCGGAAACGGGCAACAUUGAUGAGAACAUUCUUACACUCAACCUUUCUGUCGCGGAGCUGCCCCAGUUCCACCUUCGAUUCGAGAACCGCAAUCAGCUCAAGCUGUGGCACCAAGCACUACUCGACUUGAACGCUGUCGAAACGUCGCCGGUCCGCAGCCCAGAGUACGACCGCGGAGAGUUCUCCGAGACGGACGAGGAGGACUGGCAGCGUGGGUCGCGACAACAAAGGGUGUCGUCGAUUGCCUCGUCUUGGGGCGGCCCUAAAUCCACAACAACGGCGCCCACCGAGUACACCAACUUCCAGAGGAGCCCGACAAUGCCGGCUUCCAUCCACGUUCCCAUCGACGUGGUCGUGGUCGUCCCUAUCUCAUCGUCGAUGCAAGGCGUCAAGAUCAACCUGGUUCGCGAUGCUCUCAAAUUCAUGGUCAACACCCUCGGCGAGAGAGACAGGAUGGGACUGGUCACCUUCGGAUCGGGCGGUGGCGGCGUACCCAUUGUGGGCAUGACCACAAAGGCGUGGCCUGGUUGGGGCAACGUAUUGGGCUCCAUCAAGCCGGUUGGGCAAAAGAGCCACCGCGCCGACGUGGUUGAGGGUGCCAAUGUCGCCAUGGACUUGCUCAUGCAGCGCAAGUACAACAACCCGAUCGCCACCAUUAUGCUCAUCAGCGACGCCUCUACUUCAGACGCCGACAGCGUCGACUUUGUCGUGUCGAGAGCCGAAGCAGCCAAGAUCACCAUUCACUCCUUUGGCCUCGGCAUGACGCACAAGCCCGAUACCAUGAUUGAGCUCUCUACCCGCACCAAGGCAUCGUACACCUACGUCAAGGACUGGAUGAUGCUUCGCGAGUGCCUUGCCGGCUGCCUCGGCGCCAUGCAGACGCUCUCUCACCAAAACGUAAAGCUCAAGCUGAAGCUGCCCGAAGGAUCUCCGGCCAAGUUCCACAAGAUCAGCGGCGCCUUGCAGAUUACCAAGCGCGCCACGGGUCGUGACGCUGAGGCCUCCCUAGGCGAUCUUAGAUUCGGUGACAAGCGCGACGUCUUGGUGCAGCUUGUCAUUGUACCGGAUAACACGUCCCAGGAACAACUACCGCAGGACCCUUGGGACAACAUCGUCUCGGGUCUGGAGGCGCUCGGCGGAGCUGGCGAUGGCGACGACCAGCGGGUGACAUCUGUCGAGGAGGUGCCUCUCAUCCAGGCUGACCUUACAUGGGGUGACAUUCUCCGAGAUGGCACGCUCUCCCAUCUUCCCCGCCCUUCUCUGCUCGCCAUCACUAUGCUUCCGGCCCAGACGAAAAACAAGAAUUCGUGGGCAGGAUCGCCCCCGAUCCCCCCUCACCCGCACAUCGUCCAGCGGCGCAUGGAGCUGCUGACGUCGGAUAUGCUAACCCGCGCCUUGACCCUCGUGUCGCGCGGUCAGCACGACCGAGCGCACACCCUACUCAACGAGACCCGAUCUAUUUUGAAGGGUCUUGGAAAAGGUGGUCUGCCUCCGAUCCCUCCACCGACGGCACCACCAACGAGAUCCCUCCCUUCCACCCCGCACCCCGGCAACGAUGCCUCGCCCUCCAUCACCCCCGACAGAAAACAAACUCCAUCGCCCACUCAAUCGGCCAACUCAUCCGCCGUCAACGGCUACCAGGCCACUGGUAUCGGGCGCAGUCGGUCCAACGAUGGCCUCGGUCUCGGUGCCGGUAUCGAUGCCAACACCGUUGCCGCUCUGGACCACGAGCUCGAGAGUAGUCUCGAAUGGAUCAGUCACCCUGCCGUCUUUGGCCGCGACAGCCGCAAAGCUGUUCUCCAAGCGAUUGGAGUGAUCAGCUCCCAGCGAGCCUUCACCUUCCGUACGCCGAUUGAAUCCCUCUGGUCUGGUCGCGUGGCGGGUGUGAAGAAGCUCACCAGCAAGAGUCGUGAGUGGCGCGAGGAGGGUGGCGGCGAGGGCGGCAUCAUGGAGGAGGCCUAAGUGGCCUCCUCGAUAUGCCAUACUUUUCUCUGACUUCAUGGGAACACUUGGACUGCCUGAACGACCAGGCGGCGGCGUAUUGGUUCCUUGGGAAAACACUUUCUUACGGUCGUUACUUGGCACGGACUCGUCUUUGCCAACCAUCAUACCCCCUGAUCUACAGCUGAUUUGUUUUUUGUUACCGAUAUAGCUGCUUUGCUCACGUCUUUACCGCACCGCAGCAUGCUUUGCCGGAAAGAUACCACAAAUGUUUUUUGCUAUUUUAUUCCUUUCUUACCGACUAUGUCUUCGAGCACGCGUGUUCUGUCCUGCGAGACAACUCGUCGUGCCGUCGCAUCUCAUGAAAGCUUUCUCGCGCUGCUACGUCGCCGAGAGCCCUACAAAUCAUGUAAUUUCGCUUCUUAUUGUCAUGUCACUGAUGUCUGGAGAAUGGGAGGAGGGGUACUGGAUGACGGGAGAGGAUAGUGGGCUCGGCUGCGAAAAAGCAUGCUGUACAUGUUUGGGAAUGAACGACACGGACGUGCGGAAGAGUAGAGCAAUACUACCUGCUGUUGACAUGCCAC